CCCAUGAACCCCUUUUGUGUAUUCCUCUUUCCAAGUUGUUUAUUGCUCUCCCUGCCAUUUUGCCUCCCAUCCACCAAAGAGACUCAUGCCCUCUCCUCCACCAAAUACCCUACAUAACACCUCCUUUCCUGUGUGUCUAUGCAACAGUUGCCCCCUCCUCUUCCUUUGAAGACUGAUAUCACUGAACUCGUUUCCUCCCUGAAAAGGAGCCACCUUUGGAGGACAAGAGGGGAGGAAGAGGAACAAGGGCUCCAUUCCCACUAGAAAAAUCCCAUCUUUUCUCUUUUUGAAUCUGUGUCUCUAUUCUGAACUCCAUGAAAAAGAGCCACCUUUGAAGAAGAAGAGAGGGAGAAGAGGAUCAAGGGCUCUAUAUCCAUUAUAAAUAUCUCAUCUUGUCUCUGUUUGAAUCUGUCUCUAUCCUGAACUCCUUGGAAAAGAAUCACAUUCGAAGGAGAAGCAACGGAGGAAGAGGAACAAGGGCUCUGUUUCCACCGGAAAGAUCCCAUCUUUGAAUCCGUGUCUAUAUUCUGAAUUUCACAGAAAAAAAAACUACCUUUGAAGGAGAAGAGGGGAGGAAGACGAACAAGAUCUCUAUUUCCAGUAGAAAUAGCCUGUAUCUCUAUUCUGUACUCAUUUUUUACUUAUAAAAGAGCCAUCUUUGACGAGACGAGGGGAGGAAGAGGAGCAAAGGCUCUUUUUCAAAGAUAUCAUCUAUCCUUUCUUUCAGUUUAAGUCUCUGUUGCAACCGAUGGAUCCAAGUUAUGACUCCGCUUCGUCUAUCCUCCUCUGCGCUGAGGACAACAGUAGCAUCAUGAGCUUUGGUGGUGAUGAGGAGGGUGGGCAUGGGUUUGACCGGGUUCCUGAAGCAAAAAGUUUGGAUUUUUAUGGGGAUCUCCUCGUGGAUUUUCCUCUUCUGUCGGAUGAGUGCAUAGGUUCGUUAGUUGAGAAAGAAACCGAGCAUAUGCCGAGGGACGACUAUGCCGAGAGGCUGCGCUCUGGGGCAUUAUAUUUGUCCAUUAGGAGAGACGCCAUUGAUUGGAUUUGGAAGGUUCAUGCCCAUUACAAUUUUGGACCAGUGAGUGCAUGCUUAGCUGUAAAUUACUUGGAUCAGUUCCUCUCUGCCUAUGAGCUUCCUCAAGGCAAAGCUUGGAUGACACAACUGUUAUCGGUGGCCUGCUUAUCUUUGGCUGCCAAGAUGGAGGAAACUGAAGUUCCUCUAUCUCUGGAUUUACAAGUCGGUGAUGCAAAAUAUGUAUUCGAAGCCAGGACUAUCCAGAGAAUGGAGCUGCUGGUUCUUGCCACCCUCAAAUGGAGAAUGCAAGCAGUGACUCCAUUCUCUUUCAUAGAUUUCUUCCUUCAUAAGUUCAAUGGUGGUAAUGCCCCAAGCAACUUAUUGGUGUCUCGUUCCGUGGAAGUCAUUUUAAUCACAACGCAAGGGACUGGUUCUUUAGCAUUCAGACCUUCUGAAAUUGCUGCAGCUAUUGCUCUGUCUGUUUUGAAGGAAACACAAACUAUCGAACUCGAGAAGGCUUUAUCAUGCUGUAGCCAUGUCGUGAAGGACGGAGUCUUGAGGUGUUAUGAGAUGAUCCAAGAUUUAAUGGCAGCGAGAAAAGAGCCACUUGAAAUUGCAAGUCCAUCAGUUUCCUCUCUACCUCAAAGCCCAGUUGGGGUGUUGGAUGCUGCUUGCCUGAGCUACAAGAUUGAUGGUACAGUUUCUGGGUCUCAUGCAACAUGUGAUUAUGAUUCUCCGGCUAGUAAGAGGAGGAAAAUAAACAGAUCAUCAAUUUCAUAAAAGCAGUUUGGCACAUUGAAACAAGUAGUUUGGUUUAGUUAGUAGAAAUCUUUUGUGAUCAAAAUUCUGGUGAAAAAAAAAA